AUGACGGCCAACGGAGUGAACACGCACACGAACAGCUCAAACGAGACCGUAGACACCUACUCGAUCCCCCAUGAAGCGCAAAAAGUCUUCCAAAACGGCAUCCUCGAGAACCCCCUCAUCGCCCCAACUCUCCCCCACGACAUCUCAGAAUGCGCGCAGAAAGUGCGUUUCGAAGGGUCUUCCAUGCCCAGCCUGCCCAUAAACUGGCGGUUCGCAGAGAGUAUCUCGGCAUUGAAAGGCCUGGAGGCGGCGAUGGUCGAUGUUCUUUUGAAGCGGAAGUAUGGGGUUGAACCACAGGAAGCUGUGAUAAAUACAGACCACGCGCAACUGUUUUUCAUGUCUGUGCUGCUGAAUACUAUUGAUCCAGGGGGUGAGGCUAUUGAUUUUGCCGCCGCGGGGAAGCCGUCUUAUCAGAAGUAUUUCAAAGACUGCGAUCUGCAUAAGAGUGGGAGUAGUCUCCACGGCUUUGCGGCGACGAAUAUCUACCGCUGCAAGGACGGCCGGUACUUUCACCUCCACGGCUCUAUGAAUCCGGAACCAACGCAGGACAGCCUUGGGCUGCCUCAUGAGAAGGAGGUAGCAAGUAUGGAAGAGUCGUGGGAACCGUACAAGGAGAAGGUUGCGCAGGUCGACUCGAAAGAGAUGCAGAGGCUGGCUUCGGAUGUCUACAAGCAAGCUGGGACGAUAUGCUGGACGACCGAGGAGUUCAAGAAGAGUGAGCAUGGAAAGGCAAAUGCUCAUAUCGGCCUCUACGAGAUCCACAAUGUCGAGAAUAGCAAGCAGACCGCAUGCUGGUGGCCCGACAGCCCCGAGACAUCCGCAUCGCGACCACUCGCUGGACUCAAAGUCGUCGACCUGACCAGGGUAAUCGCCGCACCUGCCAUAACCCGCGGACUAGCAGAGCUGGGCGCGAGCGUCAUGAGAGUGACUGCCCCACACAUCACCGACAUGUCAAUGCUACACCUCGACCUAAACUGGGGAAAAUGGAACGCGCAUCUCGACUUCCGGCAGGAGGAGGACCGCGAGAAGCUGCGGACUCUCAUCCGCGACGCAGAUGUAGUCGUGCAAGGCUACCGACCAGGGGUGCUGGACAAAUACGGCUUCUCUCUCGACGGGCUGCUCGACCUCACCAAAGACCGCGAGCGAGGCUUGAUUGUCGUUCGCGAGAACUGCUACGGCUGGAAUGGGCCGUGGUCGUACCGCAGUGGCUGGCAGCAAAUCAGCGAUGCAAACUGCGGCGUAUCCAUGGAAUUCGGCAGGGCGAUGGGCAACGACGAGCCUGUCACACCUGUAUUCCCCAACUCGGAUUUCUGCACUGGAAUGGCGGGUGUGAUUGCCGUGCUCAACGCUAUCCUGCGGAGAGGAGAGAGGGGCGGCUCGUAUAAAGUCGAUGUCGCUCUCAACUACUACUCCACCUGGCUUGUGAACAGCGUAGGCGUCUAUCCCCCGGCGGUCUGGGACGACGUCUGGACACGCAACGGACGGCAGGUUUUCCGCCACUACCACAACAUGACCUACACGCUUGGUCGGUUUCUGCAGAUGAUCAAGGCGAAUGCGUCGGAUGUGUUGCUCAAGCCGGAGUUCUUCGAGAAGCGAUAUUCUGGCGCCAUUGGCGUGGAUGUUGCAUGUACAAAGCCUGUUAUUCAGUACCCGGGGGGCAAGGUGAAGUUGAAGUAUAACGUUGGGACGAGAGGAAAUGGCGUGGAUGAACCGAGGUGGCCUGCGGAUUUGAUGACUGAGGUUGUCGCGUCUUGA